AUAAGAAGACAGGAUCUGGAAGUAAAAGAUGAACCCACUUCAUGCAAAGAAAUCAAGAUUUUUAGUGUGUGUUGCUGUCUGUAUGUUCAUCUACACCUUCAUUUACCUAAAGGUUCCACUUUAUGAGUCAGAUGAGCAAAAAUUCCGUGUCAAAAGAGCAGAGUGUGGUUUUUACCCAGAUGAACUUUGCUCUGCUCUUUUUGUGGGGAAACCUGCAGCAUUUAGAAUUGGAAACUUUUGUCAGAAGUCCUUCCAGCCCAAAGCCCUCAGCUGCAUUCAGACUUCCUGCAGCUGCUCCACAGUCCUGAAGACUUUGCAUUUUAUCACCAGACCACUGUCAGAGGAAGAAGGAAAUUUCUCCUUGGCAUACAUUAUUACAAUUCACAAGGAACUGGAAAUGUUUGUGAGGCUGCUAAGAGCUAUUUAUAUGCCUCAGAAUAUUUACUGCAUCCACAUUGAUGAAAAGUCAUCCAGAGAUUAUAAAACUGCUGUACAGAACAUCGUUAACUGCUUUGAAAAUAUUUUUAUUUCCUCCAAAAGAGAGCACGUUGUUUAUGGAGGGUUUUCAAGAUUACAAGCUGAUAUUAAUUGCAUGAGAGACCUCGUUAACUCCAGAGUUCAGUGGAAUUAUGUUAUUAAUCUGUGUGGUCAAGAUUACCCCUUGAAAACAAACAAAGAAAUCAUAGAAUACAUAAAAAGUAAAUGGAAUGGUAAAAAUAUCACUCCUGGGAUAGUGCAGCCCCUGCAUGUGAAGCACAGGACAGAGGUCAGCUACAGGGAGUACGUGCAUUCUGGAGUGCCAUACGUGUACCCAGCAAAGGUCAGGAAAGCUCAGCCCCCACACAACCUGACCAUCUAUUUUGGCAGUGCCUAUUACAUCCUCACCAAGGGCUUUGUGGAGUUCACACUGAGUGAUGCCCGGGCUAAAGCUCUGCUGGAGUGGUCCAGGGACACCUACAGCCCUGAUGAGCACUACUGGGUCACCCUCAAUCGUUUACCUGAUGCUCCAGGGGCUACACCCAAUGCAGGCUGGCAAGGAGACCUAAGAGCCAUUAAAUGGAAAGAUCAAGAAGGGCUUUCACACAAAGGCUGCAAAGGUAACGUGAAUUUUGAUCAUGAACUUAAAUUUGAUUCACUGGUAAGCAUUAAUUGGUGAUUAUGUAUUAUUUAAACCAGCUAUUAAAUGAGCUUCGGUGGUCAUAUAUAAUAUUUUGGAAGCAUUAAAUAAAACAAGGCACCCUAUAAAUUACUGCACUAUAUCCAAUUGAAGAGAUUUUGAGAUAUGUGUUAUAUUAAUUUAUUAGUUACAUAUUUGAUGUAUUUUGAGAUGAGCAGAGUAUCCACACACUGACAACCCUUCUUUCAGUCCCUAAUUACCAAUGCACUAAUUUGAUCACUUCUCGGUGGAGGGGCUUUACCUGACAAGGAUGUUUGUCAGGAACUUUCAU